CAUUUUCUUUCUCUUCCUCCUCCGCGUAGAUUCACGCUCUCCGCACCCAAUACGCGCAUCUCUGUGUUCUUACAUCUGGGCUUCUCUCUUUCUCCUCUCUUGGAGCUUUGGGCUGGUUCCAAGAACCCUAGAAAUCUCACUUCUAGAGAAAAAGAUUGUGUUUUUUUGAAAAAUUAUAAAAAAGAUUGCUGGGUGAGAUUCGCUAGAAUGUUCGCUUGUUCUGGGCUACAUAUUCGUGGGUUCAGGCGCUGUUAGCUCUCUGGGUUUCUUUGUUUGUGUUGUCAUCAUGAUGAUGAGAUCCGACGGGAAGGAUAUGAAAGCCUUGGCCGGCUCUUCCGGCGCCGUCUCCGGUGGUGGUGCACUGUUUGAUUCAUCUCAGUACGCGUUUUUUGGGAGAGAUACCCUCCAUGAAUUUGAAUUAGGGGGUUUGGAGGAGGAAGAAGACAAUAGUAAUAUGCCUGCUUAUGAUGUUGGAAUUGGUUGCCGGCUGGGUGAUGAUACAAUACCAGAGUAUCAUUUGUUUGAGAAAGAUGAGGGAUCAACAUUAGGUUCAUUAUCGGAUUUAGAUGACCUUGCCACAACUUUUUCAAAGUUGAACAGAGUUGUCACGGGUCCAAAACAUCCUGGAGUCAUUGGUGAUCGUGGAUCAGGAUCUUUUUCUAGGGAAAGUUCAUCUGUAGCAGAAUGGGCAAAAGAUGCAGAGUUUCAUAACUGGCCAGAUCAGCAUUUAUCCGACACUGAAUGUUACCAGGAAAACAAAAGAUGGUCUUCCCAGCCACACCUCUCUUCUUUGCAUUUUGCAGAGUCUAAGCCACUGCACAGAACAUCUUCAUAUCCUCACCCACCACAACUUCAGCCUCUACAGCACCGCUCCAGUGAACCUAUUUUGGUACCAAAAUCAUCUUUCACUUCCUUUACCGAUGGCAGAUCUGAGCAGGCUUCGCCACACACUCUUCCCCAUCACUACGAUCUUUCAUCGCUUGGUGGGCCACACUCAUCUUUCUCUUCUUCAAACCUGUCAAGUUCAAACAUACAUUUUCCGGGACUGUCCCCCAGGCUCCACCGUAGUGUAAACUUACCACAACUAACCUCUUCCGGAUCCUCUCUAAAUAAUAACAUCCUGCAAAACCAUUGGGCCAAUCAUCCAAACAUCUUGCAUGGGGAUUACCCUAAUCACUUGAACAAUGUCUUGCCACAUCAGUUCCCACAUCAAAAUGGAUUGUUACUAUCCCAUCAGAUGAUGUCUCCCCAACAGCAAAGAAUGCAUCUUUCUGUCCAACCUUCUUUAGCCCAUUUUUCUGCACUACGGUCCCAAGUGUAUAGUUCUUUCCCUGCACCAGGUCAUCUUGGUAAAUACAGACCGCCUGAUGCACGAGAUUCUAGACCAAACAGUAAUAAAUCACAUAAAAGUAAAAGUGUGCGGUUUUCUCAACAGGGUUCUGAUGCAUCUAGCCAGAAGACCGAAAGUAAAGCCUCACAGUUUCGUUCAAAGUACAUGACCGGUGAAGAAAUAGAAAGUGUUCUCAAAAUGCAGCACACUGCAAACCAUUGCAAUGAUCCCUAUGUGGAUGAUUAUUACCACCAAGCUUGUAUUGCAAAGAAAGCUGCUGAGUCUAGGACGAAACAUCGGUUCUGUCCAAACAAGGAACAGCAACCUUCGCGGUCACGUAAUAGCACUGAAUCAUUGCCUCAUCUCCAUGUUGAUGCUCAGGGACGCGUUUCCUUCUCUUCCAUACGUAGGCCCCAUACGCUUCUUGAAGUCCACCCUCCGGGCUUUGCUUCUACUGAUGGGGGAGGUGAUCGGAAGACAUCCGACACUCCUUUAGAGAAAGAACCUAUGCUUGCUGCUAGAAUCACUAUAGAAGAUGGCUUCCAUCUCCUCAUUGAGGUGGAUGACAUUGACCGGCUUCUUCAGUUUGGUCAGCCCCAAGACAGUGGGGCACAGCUCAGACGGAAACGACAGAUGCUGUUAGAAGGCAUGGCAGCUUCACUUCAACUCGUGGACCCACUUGGGAAGACCAGCAGCCCCAUUGGGCUGAACCCCAAGGACGAUGUUGUCUUUUUAUGGUUGGUGUCAAUUCCUAAAGGCAAGAAGCUCAUUUCAAGGUACCUUAAGCUCCUUAUUCCGGGUGGGGAGCUUGCUAGAAUAGUAUGCAUGGCAAUCUUUCGCCAUUUGAGGUUUUUAUUCGGCGGGCUUCCCUCCGAGCAAGGAGCAUCUGAGGCUAUUUCUAAUCUUGCGAAAGCGGUUUCAAAAUCUGUGAGUGGGAUGGAUCUAAAUUCGCUAAGUGCUUGUUUGGCUGCUGUAGUUUGUUCCUCAGAGCAGCCACCUCUUCGCCCACUUGGCAGCCCUUCUGGAGAUGGAGCCUCUGUCAUCUUGACAUCAGUCUUAGACAGGGCAACUCACCUUUUAACAGAUCCUCAGGCCUCCACCAAUAACUAUAGCAUGCCUAACCCAGCACUAUGGCAGGCAUCCUUUGAUGCCUUUUUUGGCCUUCUCACAAAGUAUUGUGUUAGUAAAUAUGACAGCAUAAGGCAGUCUAUUGCACAGUCCCAAACAAGCCCAGAGGGCAUGAUUGGUCCAGAGGCUGCAAGGGCAGUUAGUAGAGAAAUGCCUGUCGAACUUCUACGAUCUAGCCUUCCACACACGAAUGAGAAUCAAAGGAAGCUUCUGACGAAUUUUGCUCAGCGUUCCACGCCUGUUACAGGAUUCAACGUUCAUGCUGGUAACGGUGGACAAGCAAACCUAGAAUCUGUGAGCUGUUAGUAAAAUAUUUCACUUCUGGUCCACAACUGUUGGGUCAUUCUCUUUUUCAGCCACCCGCUUUCGUUUUUUUCACUUUCGGUGCACCACUAUGAAUUUCUUGUCAACAGUUUCCUGUUGAUUUCACAUAAUACGUGAGUUGACGGGACCAGAAGUGGCAAUAAACUCAUAGUCAUGCCCCAAGAGUAAAAAAAAUGUAAACUUGGGACCAAAAGGUGGGAGUGAUGUAAUAUUUGAGGGACAAGAAAUCUUAAUUGCUCAUCGCCAUUCUGAUCUGCUAUUGCUGAAGAAAGGGGGUAUGCAUAAUUGGCAUCUUUUUAAUGCCAGAGACUCAAUCUUCUNCCCCCCCCCCCAAAAAAAAAAAAAACUGUCAUUUCCCAGCUUGUUGUUUUAGGUUAGAAAAAAUAGUACUUGGUAUUGUGUCGAAACGUGACAAGAUGUGUCACCCAAUCUUCUUUCCUCAUAAGAGCUUUAUUUUUAUGCUCUUGUUGUAAACAUGGAUCAUAUAUAUGCUUCAUGGUUAGAAUGUACAGGUCUAGCCAUGGAGGGGGAAGUGCACUUUGUUGCAGAAGAACAUGCUUUUUAAGUUCUUCAGAUGCCCUGUGAGGAGGACUCUCUCUAGGCUGGUAACUCUCUUCAGGACAAAGUUGUAAAACUUGAUAUUUAUUUACAUGUGUUGUAAAAUUGCCAAUUGGAUCCAAGUGAUGCUUCUUGUUGAUUUGGCAUCUUCAACCUUUACUCCCAAUCUUCCAUUCCCAAUUUCUUUAGCAUAUUUAUGUGGUUAAUAUUGUUUCUUCUCCCUUCUCCAUAAUAAUGCAUAAACUCAACACCAUGGA